AUGAUCGAUACCAUCUGCUGCGUGCUUCUGGGGCUCAUCAUGGCAUUCUUUGCCUACGGCCACUUGACACAACCAGAAGAGACAUUUGAGCAGCUCUUUGGAUUUCCCGUAGAGAGUCCGCUGCAGGCCCAUUUCGUUGCCGUCUUGGGAGGAAAUUUUGCCUGCAUUUCCAUCACGUUGCUCGGCCUGGGUCUAUUCCAACCUUCAUCCAAUGCACGCAAAUUCGUUCUCGCGGGGUAUGCUGUCCUGCAAUACUAUAACAUUAUGAAUCAGUAUCGAUUUCCAGUUAAAGGAGAGGACGACCCACCCGAGUCCAUGGCGGAAAUGCCUAUACCCUUGCUGAUAAUACUCAUGUCAAUUGCACUGUUCGGGGUACUCUUUGGCAGAACAGAUGGUCAGCGGGCAGAACUUGUACGCAACAAGAAAAAGGCUCAGCUCUACGCCAAGCAUGCACAAAAGGUGUCCAAAAAGGAAUGA